AUGGACACUCUCGCGACAGUAGUGGAGAAUGCUAGUGACGACGCCCCUGUUGAGAACAUUGAGAAGCCUCAAGAAACCAAGUUUCAGAAGGCCAUUUUGGCAUGGAGAAGUAUCGAUUUGGCAAAUCUUGUCUCCAAACUAGACACAGCGGCUUCGGACAUCGUAGCCCACCAGCGAGACUCCCUUGUACAGCGUAAAGAUCUGGCACAGAAAACAAAGGAUUUCCGGAAACUUGAAGAUGCAUCUAAACUUGCCGAGUAUAAAGCUUUGUUGAAAUCCUACCAGGCAUUCAUUGACCUAUUAACAACGCACGGCAAAUCAUCCUCUUCCGCGUUCUUGCAGCUUUAUUCUGCAUUAUCAGAGGCGCCAGAUCCUUACCCUUUACUCGAAGCUUCAAUUGACUCACUUGUCCUAUCGGAAGAUACACUACCGAAGUUAAAAUCGGAGAAGGAUACUCUUCAAAAGAGUGUGAGCCGACUUACUUCGCAGCUUGACACGGUAGAAAAGAAAUUGGAGGAAGAGAGAUCCUUGCGACGGGAAUUAGAGCGGCAACAGAAAACCAAGCUCCAAGAAGUCGAGGCGUCUUGGAACGCUGUACUUGCAGAAAAGACUAGCAACUGGGAAGCCAAAGAGAAGAGCUACGAAGAAAAAGCAGAAAAUAACGAACGUCUAUUGAAGGAAAUCAAAGCUAGCUACGAGGUUUCACAGAGACUCGACAGCCAAGAUGGUGGAGACGCACAGCGAAGUGCAGCCACUGCCGCGGAGCUGGAAAUUUUAUCUACAGAUUUAGAGAAAACGAGCCUCAGACUGGCUGAUGUAGAGGCUCGAAAUGAGCAAUUAAGAUUAGACCUUGCUCAGGCUAUUUCGCAUUCACAAUCGGAACUUAACUCGCGACCAGUGGAGGAAGACCCGGCCUAUCUUCGUUUACAGUCGGAGAACUCAUCGCUGCUACGAAAAUUGGACUCUUCACGGUUUGACAGAGAUGCGGAGAAGAAUUCAUUGGAGGCAAAGGUGCGCCAAAUCGAGAGACUCAAUACCUCUGUAACAGCAGAACGAGACGAAUUACGUGGGAAAUUGGAAAAAUUUGCAGAUUACGACGAUAUACGGCGAGAAUUAGAAGUUAUCAAGACCAUUGAGUUCUCAACUGGAGACGACGAUGACGUUGACCUUAAGGGGUCCAUCGGCGAGACUGGCUCAAGUUCGAAUGAAAACAAUCUGGAGCAGUUGUUGAUGGCUAGAAACAAGAAACUUUCGGACGAACUCACUGUUCUUAGAGUUUCACAUCGUGAUCUCGAGACCCAGUUGGAAACUCUCAGGGAAGAAGUUUCGAAAACAAACGCCGAUCUAGAACGAUCCAGGAACCUAACUGCCAGUCUUGAAAAUGAUAUUAUUCGGGUGCAGAAAGAGGCACCUAAUUCAUCAGCAAUGUCUGUUGCUGGGACUUAUGCGUCCAGACAUCCAUAUGCGGCAAGAAGGGGCAGGGUGUCUCCGACUUCCUCGAUCAUAUCUGGAUUCGAUCACAGCAUGAUAUCUGGAAAUAAUCUUGAAGGAAUUCGAUCUGGUGACGCUCUCGGUGGUGGAUCCGGAAUUCUACCGAUGGUGCAAGCCCAGCGUGAUCGAUUUAAGAAAAGAAACUCAGAGCUUGAGCAAGAGAUCUCCAAUAUGCAUGUCACCAUUAGAGGACUCCGGCAAGAAAUUGCUUCUUUACAAGAAGACAAUCUUGGCCUCUACGAAAAGACCCGCUACGUCUCAACCUAUAAUCGAGGCGUCCACACGACAUCCUCGUCAUCUUCGGCCGCCCUAGCUGCUAACAGAACGCCACAUUCUACAUCAAUUCAAAUUGACUCCGAUUCUCCCCUCACCAGAUAUCAUUCCGCUUAUGAGGCCAAGAUAUCACCAUUCGCCCGAUUCCGCAGCCGUGAAUCCGACCGUGCGUAUAACCGAAUGAGUCUACCCGAGCGCAUGAUCUUCACCAUCACUCGAAUCGUCCUCGCGAAUCGAACAAGCAGGAAUCUGUUUGCCGCGUAUUGCUUGGCUUUGCAUGUUCUGGUGUUUGUCAUGCUGUACUCGAUGAGUACGAUACAGACGAGCAAGCAUCACACGGCCGCUUUGGAGUCGAUGGUGGCUGCGGGCUCGGGGCCUGCGAGUGGGCCUGCGGACUGGCACCAAGAGGGGCUAGAUGUAGAAUAG